AUGUGUAUACUUUACACAUCUGUAUAUGACAUAAAUAAAAAAAAAAGAACAAAUGAAAUGUAUUUAGUUUUCAUCAAUUGACGGACCGACAAGUUGAUAUGAUAAUGGCGUAAAACCAGCCAUCAAAAAAAAAAAAUAAUAAUACACAAAAACGAAAAUCUGUCAAAAUCUCUCAUCUUGUUUUCAUCCAUUGUUUGUGCGCGUGAUGAAAAAGUGAAGCAGAACAAAAAAAACAAUCCGUAAAAUUGUGCAGUGCUUUUUUUUCUUUUCUUUCGAUUGUACAUCGGGGACAGAUGGUUGGGUGGAAAUUGAGAAAAUUAUUGCAGAACAAAAACAACGAAAAGAAAACGUAGUGCAACCGACACUAAAACCGUGUGUGUACAUGAAUGCUGUGUAUCGAAUGCAUAAAUUCGAGAUAAAAUAAAAAAUCUAACCAUUUGAUUAAUACCAAACAGUGAAUGAGUAACUCAAUUUGCAUUUUGCAAUCGCAGAAAAUUUAUAGCAAGUGUAAAGUUAGCGACGAAUCAUGGAAGAAGUGAAUAUUACUGAGCUCGAAUCACGAUAUUUUUCCGAUUUAUUUGCAUGCUGUGAUAUUGAAAAAACGGGCAAAGUGCCCGUUCUAAAAGCCACUGAAAUGUUUCGGUCGUCAAACAUAUCGGAUGACAUUGUAAAAAAUAUUAUGUCAUUGGCAAAUGUUCCGCAGGCAGCUCUAUAUAUGUCAAAGGUACAGUUUUAUUCGUGUCUUAAGUUAAUAGCUGCACAUCAAAGUGCGAUUCCAUUGCGGCAAGAGUUGAUUGCGUCAACGAUUCCAUUGCCACUACCAAAAUUCAGUUGGAAAGAAUCUCCUAUUCAAUUUUCACCGCGGACGGAAUCAUUGAAUGGCAAAAUAAACGAUUUGAAUCGAUGGCGAUCAAGUAAUGACCACAGUCCAAAUCUCAUUGAAUUGGCUAGAGCCGAUGCGCAAAGUGAUAUUGCCAAUUCAGACAUCACCAGCACCGAUUCAGAAGUCGAACAGAAUGACACAGUCGAAAAGAAAACACACACGCGUCGGGCUGGCUCACCUGAUGCAUGGAGCACGGCAAGUGAUUCACCUACACCAACAAAUAGCGUUGCUGAGCGACCGUGGGCGAAGAAUCCCUUAUGGCAAGGUCAACUAGAGGAACGUACACAAUUAUUGGGCACUGAAGAAGAGUCGUCCGAUCGGCAUAGCAGCGAAGAAGAUAAUGACGUUGAUUUAGAGGCUGUAUAUCAAAUAACACCCGAACAAAAAGAAUACUAUAUCAAACAGUUUCGAACCAUUCAACCAGAUUUAAAGAGCCUAAUAUCAGGACAAGCAGCCAAAGUAUUUUUCGAAAAGUCACGCAUUCCGGUUGAAGAGCUGCGACACAUUUGGCAAUUGUGUGAUGUAACCAAAGAUGGUGCACUGAGUUUGCCCGAAUUUGCGGCUGCCAUGCAUUUGGUUGUGGCACGUCGAAAUAAUAUUCCAUUGCCACCGAUUCUGCCAGAGUGUUUAAUUCCAAGUAGUAAAUUUUUUGAUUCAUGUCAGCCGGCUGAGGCGGAUCUUUUGCAUUUGGAUGACGAUAAGGAUCACAUAGACAGUUCAACGAAUUUGGAUGCACAACACAAUUCGACAUUCGUCAAAACAGUAACAACAACGGCGGAAAAAAAACAGCCAAUAAUCGGUGGUCAUACAGGAAACAAUAGCCGACCGACGACAAUCCAAAGCAAACAACAUCCAAACAACAACAAUAGCAACAAAGGAAGUACAAGUUCAAGCUCACCAGUUAACGAAUUGGAAAUAUCACCAACAAAAUCGAAUAAGAUUGUCAACACGACAAAGGAAUGGUGCAAUCAAAGUAGCAAAGAAUGGACGAAAUUCACCGAAUCGCCGACAUCGAGUUUAUCAAGUCCUGGUUUGAAACCAGUCAACUUUGAUAUGCAACGAACGGCACAGGCGGUUGGUUCCGAUCCACAAAUUUUAAAACCUUUACCAUUACGAAUUACACCAGUCGCCAAUGAUAACAACAACGAUGACACUGAGGCCAAUCGAUUGAGUUAUCAACGAAAGUCGGAAAAUCACAUCUACGAAGGUGGAAUCAUUACAAUUCGAGAUACAGAUACGGCUAGCCCUAAGCAGUAUGCCGCACAACGUGAUUCAGGAAUACAGAAUGAUCUUAGAGCGAUACAAAGACCACAACCGAAAAAAAUUAUUCAAAAUAAAAAUAGCAUUGGCGCAAUUCCACCGCCACCGCAAAGAGAAUCGUUGAACAACAAUGACACAACGGAUACUGCACCGCCCACUCUCAUGAAAAAACAAGAAGCUCCACCACCUCCACCGCCGAGACCUCAAAAAACACAUGCUCGAAGCAGCAGUUUGGAUUUGAAUAAGCUAAAACUAAACGCACCAGUACCACCAGAGGUACCUCCUCGAGUUUCACCACAUAUGACCGCACAAGCCAGUCUUGAUGCACAGAUAGAAACAGGAAAUUCACCAUUUGCCGAUUUUACUCAAUUUCCAGAGUCCGGUUCAGAUGCAUCACAAAAUCAGCCACAAUCAUUAGAAAAUGAUGAUGGUUUACAGCUUCCGCAAAGGCCGGCCAUUCCAUCAUUUCAGUCAUCACAACGGUCAAGUGCAUUUGAGGUCUAUCGCAAGCCAACUCCACGUGAAUCAGCCUCUCCACCCGAUUCAAUUACAACAAAAUCUGUCGCAAGUGUUGAACCACAUUCAAGACUAAUUGGUUUGCAUAAAAACGACAGUAAAAACUUAUCCGAUGUAAUGUGCCACUUGAAAGAGCAAAAUCAAUCUCUUAUAACAAUUUGCAAUGAAUUAAGUGAAGAACUAUUAACAGUACAACAGAAAAAGGUGGAAUUGCUGGCGCGUAUCGAAAAUGAUUGCAAUAGUGGCCAACACAACAGUUUGGGUGUCUGUAUCAGUAGAGAAACAAACAACCAAUCAACUGUAUAAGUGUGCAAAUGUGCAUAGAAAUUGAUGUUUGAUACUUUUACAUUUCACACUUUGUAGAAAACAAUUUUUUUAGACUUUACCCUUUUGAUUCAACUCUCUUUUUCUCGCUAAAUUAUCAUUCGUAGUUGGGUUUUUGUACAGAAAAAAACGCUCAUUGCUAGAUUUAUACAUAUAGUGUCAUAGUCGCGAAAUUGAGCAUGCAUUCGAAAUGAAAACAAUCCAGCUACGAUUGAAAGCAAGAUAUAAAAAAAAAAUUACCCAAGUAAUAUAUAGUUUCUUCUGAUAGUACAGUUAUAUGCAAGUAUAUAUAUAUAACAAAAAUCCGCCUCAACCGGGUUGAAUGAGUAAUUCAAAUCAAAACAUUUUGAAACCAACGUUUUUUUUUCGCAUUUCAGAUAAAAGUCAAAUCAGUGCACACUGCAAACAACGUUUAUUCAUUGAAUACUAUAAUUUAGCUAGUGCAAAGGCUAGCUAUGAAAUCGAAAGAAAAUCAAAUCAGUUAAACAUAACAACUUUAUUUAUUUCAAUCAAAUUUUCUUUGAUUAGAACCAUUUGCAAAAAUAUUCUAUAUUGUUAUUCGUGUGUGAGGUUUUGAGAACAGCACGAACUCCUUUAUAAUAAUUCGAAAAUUUGAACAUUUAUCGAGUUGAAAAGAUCUAAACUAAAUAUCACCAAAUCAAAAUUCACCCUGAUGUUGUAGAUGUUAAGUAAAAAAGUAUAAUAAGCAUACGAAUCGGCUCGAGAGAGAAUGAUUAGAAGAUGGUAAAAAUCAAAUGCAAAAAAAGAAUACUAGGAAAAAAAGAACAGACCUUAGAUAUGUUAUAAUUAAGAGAAUCGUGAUAAUUUUAUAUAUGUUUAACGCUUCAAAAGCUAUCUAACAAUUCCGGUAAAUUUCCCCUUUUACAGAUAUAAUAAGUUCUCUUCUCACGUAUUAUUAUUAUUUGCGAUUUGAAUAUAUAUAAUCUAAGUUAUUUGAAUGCAAUUCAAUGAAAAAGGCGCAUGAGCUGAUACAAGAAACAGUAUAACAUAAGCAUGAAUCAGAUUGGCUAGAAAGAAUACUAUGUUAUGUUGAAAUGUCCAUUUGAUAUAUAACGAAUGAUUAUAUUAUAUACUUAUAUUUUAAAAGUGUUGUUUUGUUGAUCACUCUCUCAUCCUCAUAAAUCAUUCGUUGCUUAUGUAUUUGUUUACUAUUUAUUUCAUACAAUUUCGUAUGCAGAUUGUUUGUUUAUCGCAACAACAACAGAACAAAGUGUCAAUAAGUAAUCAUCAUUGAAGAAAAUCUUUCUAUGAAAAAAAGAAAAAUCAAGAGACAAAAAUCCACAAACAAAUAAUAGUUAAGAGAAAAAAACAUUUAAAACACAAAUUAUUUAAAACUUAUCAACGGAAAUAUCACCCACAUAAUUUCAUCAAUAAAUAAAAAAAAAAAUUAUGCAAAAUUGAAACUGAAUUGUGUUUCAUUUAUCUACACUGCCGCCAGAAAGUUUGGGUACGAUUAACAAUUUUCAUACAAAUUACUGUUUUUCACACAUGUCGCGGACCAUGAAGGAGUCAUUUCCGAUAGAAAGUUUAUUCAGACAAAAUGUAGAUCAUAGCAUCGACUACAUUUCAUCUGAAGACAUCAAUUCUCAGAAGUGAUUCCAUCAUAUGAUUUUAUUGGUUGUAAGCGCAGAUAAUCCGAAAAAUCCAUUUUUUUAUAUAUAAAAAAAUCAUUUUUUAGGAGAUUGCAAAUUUGAAUACCAAAAACUUUGAAGUCAUUUCGGACAGUUAUUGUUUUCAGAUGAAAUGCAGUUCAUUCUGUGAUCUACAGUAGUAGAAAAUUGACGGCUCUAGCCCAAAAAGAGGGAGAGAGAGGGGAGAGGUAGAGAGAGAGAGUGGAGGCACUUUGUAUGAAAAUCGUUAAUCGUACCCAAACUUUCCGGCGGCAGUAUAUGUAAAACUUUGUUUUCAUCGUUAAAAGUAGACAUUUUGGAAUUGCUGACUAACAUUCAUUUGUUGAAAAU